AUGUCAAGCAGUCGAAACAGCCUCACAAGUGGCCACCCACCCUCCGCAGGACAGGGCAUAGAUCUUACUGGUAUCACGAAUCUCCUCACCGGCGGAGCUGAUACGAAGAUUAUGAACAUAAACUUUUCUUGCACGACAACUUAGUCAGAAGCCUUAGCUGGUCACAGUGUAGAGUGGGCAAUAGCAACCUAUCCUAUCCUAAGCGUUGUAAUUAAUAUGCUUUUUUUGAGUUGGUUAGAAGCCUUAGCUGGUCAAAGUGUCGUAUUUGAUAGGCUUUUUAUGAUGUACGUUCAUCAUCCUUUAGACCUUCCACGUUUCUUCUUUUCUUCCACCCUUUCUUCAUGAUGGAGACAUGGCAAGUACGCGUGACUCGAGUGGCAUUGACGAAAGGUAACAGGCCUGUAGUCGCGCAUGAAAUACCGAUAUAUGUCGCAUUACAAGAUGUGGAGUCUGUUGCGGUGCCUCGAGGAGCAUUAUUAUGGCUCACGAAGGGAUGAAAAGACCAGUCGUUUUUGUAAGGAAUUAACUUAUAGAAGCGCAUCCUAUCUGGUGCCGGUGCGAAUAAUUUAUAGUAAUCAUUCUUAUCUUGACUCGCUGCAUUUCCUGAAGAAGAAACCCGUUCUUUGUGGUGUAGCAAAGAGUUAACUGAUAUCAAUGUAGGUAGCACCUCCGAGUGCUGUCUCCUUCAUAGGAUGCUACUCGGAGAAUUUAGGAUUCUACAACCAUUCAGAGAGGACAGAGUAAGUAUAAAAUAGAAGAUGCAAGUACUACUUGUACUUACAUAUUUAUAGCAAUCAACAUUCUUAUCUUUCAUCCGGAUUCUCUCUUAUUCUUAGGAUUCUACUCGGAGUGAGGAAAACAAGUUUUAAUUGCUAACCUGAGACUGCCUGCAUUUCUCGGCUCUUAUCUCUUGCUUACCAGUUAUUUAGAAAAUGAAUCUUCAUCAUCUCAUCUAAGGUUACCUCCAGCUCCAAAGGAGAGCCCGUCCUCGUCCAGCAGCUCCUCUUCUUCCAACAAGGAAAGCAAAGCACUUCACAACGAUGGCGCGGAGACUAGUACCGCCGCGGGUGAGGAUUCCUCUUCGUCAAAAGUCGGGGAUUCGAGAAGUACGUCCUCCUCGAUUACGGAACAUUAAUUAAUAUCAUUAGCUAAAAAAUAAGACUUUUGACUAUCUAAGGAUCACAAGCUUAAUAUCAUUAGCUAGUUGUACAUGAAUGUGAACUUGACGAAGUUUCUAAAUCUAAUGCCACGCACCAGGUGGCACCUACUUAGUACGGUGUCGACAUAGGAUGCAUAUGCCUGUCAUAGAAACUCGUCUUUAUGCAGUCGUGCACUUCUUGAAAGCUGCACCGUGUGACUUUCUGUGCUGGGCGCUGGGGGGCGCAGGUGGAGCUCAAGCCCCCUAGGCCUGACCACACCCCUCUCGCAGUUUGAUCGGAAACAUUUGCAACCGAAAAAACACACCCUUAGAAUACCUGUAGAUACAUUUACUCCUUAAAAACCUCGAGCUCGUUACAAACAAUAAGUACUGAAGAAAGUCUGCUGGUCUCCUUGGUAGAGGCCGUCUAGUCCAUCGAUUAUUAUGUUGAGACGCGACGUAAAUCUAAAUCAUUAACGAGAGUUCCUUCGUCCCUUUCUAAUAAAAGCGCGGCAGAGACCUUGGGGCCUACGGACGACGACUUCUGCUGUCCAGAGGUCGUUGAUUCCUCAACCUCAUCCUCCGUGGGUAACGCUUCCUCUGCGUAAGGCUUCCACUAUUGUUCUACUUAGGUGACUGCUUAUUUUUGUAUUUGAGCUGCGGCUCCAGCCCUUCCUUUAACAUGGCAUAAGAGCAGUGUUUCUGGCGACCUUCAUUAUUCUUCGAGUAGGAAAAGAACCUUUCUUAUAAUCUUAAAUCUUUGUCAUUCUUUCUCUAAUAUGCAGAGGCCGAAAGUAGUACCACGGCUACAGAGGAAGGGACGACACCUCAGCAAACUCCGGAUCAGCAACUCCUUUAUCGGACAAUCAGUGUCCGAAAUCAAGGCGUGCCAUUUGAGGACAAAACCGGCCACGAGCGAGACGGCCUACUAACUUACACCUGGUCACGGGGACCCCUCAUUCGGAGCUGUUACUUUCAUUUAUGCGCUCGGCUACUCCUGCACAUACUUAUUCUGAUUUGAUGUGCGUUAACAACUACAAGGAAAUAAACGCGCGAUCAUUUUCAUCGUCCAAUAGGAAAUGUCUUCCUCUACGACAAUCAUGAAUUUCCUAUUUCCGAUUCGUUUCCCUUACAAUCAGAAGUUAUUUGCAAGAUCAUCAAUAGGUACACAGCACACCCAUUUCCUGCACUUUUCUUGCUCUACUUCAUGACCACCGCACAAAAUGGGACGCUUACAAGCCAUCGAGAAGAAUUAUCAGACCUAUUGCUCGAAAGAAUGCCUUAUAAAAGGGUGGUCUUCAAGGGAAGCGCUUGCCAAAGCCGAUAUCCGGACGCUGGGCCUCACGGAAUGCAAUGAACCAUGUAAUUUUUAUUGCAUCCCCUGAUGUGCAGGAUCCAUAACCUAACCUAACCUCUGUGGUUCCAAGAUGAUUUUGAUUCUUCCAAGAUCAAACUCCCAUAGAAUUUUUAUGGUCAUGAUGAUAAGUAAUUGAAGCAUCCAACAUUGUUGUAUUCUUCCAGCUUUCCUUCUGCCUUCUCUUUUGUACUUUUUUUUUGUACAACCAGGCUUGCACAUCACACUGACACCUAUUCUUGACUAUCUGUGCCUUUUUGAAUUUGACUUCAUCCACUUUUUCCUGUUCUAUACCACUACAGCUGAUUUCUGGGCGCAUGUUGUGCAUACGAGAGAGACGUGGGAGGUGGUGGGCAGAGAAAAGGCGUAUAUUCCAACAAAAGAGGACGUUGGGCAUCCGUUGAGGUUAGACGUCGAGCCCUGGAGGCCAGAAGGCGCAGACCUGAAUCCUGCGGAUAAAAAGAGCAUAAUCACGGGAACGGUUUUGGACAAGCCACACGAAGCUCGAACCAGAAGUAUGCUUAGUUACACCAGCUACGACGGAGCAUGGCUGCAUCAACAGUUCAAAGUAUUAUCAGAAAUAAUGAGCAUGGCUGCAACUGCAUCAACAGUUCAACAAAGUAUCCUAUUACUUAGCAAAAGAUAUAUAACUUUCAUUUUCAUCUGAGUCCUCUGAUAUUGUUGCACUAUAGUACAUAAGUACCUAUGUGGAUAAUUUUUUCUAGCAUUACAUCACUUACAUUCUCUAACAAAUGUUCAAACAUAACAAGGUGCUGUAGACUUUUCUUCAAUGUGGUAGGUCCUUUUUAUACAAUGACAGAGUUUAAUAUUUAAAGACUGUUCUUUUCUUACCCUUUCCACCCUUAGCUACCCUUUCGACCAUCCCACAUCCGAAGAAUCACUCAUUACAUUUUCCAGUUAAUGAACUGGAAUAUCGUGGCCUCUACAAAUCACUCAUUUUCCAGUUAAUGAACUGGAAUAUCUUGGCCGACCAGUAUUGUACCGAGAGCCAGUAUCCUUACUGUGAACCUUGGGUCCUCAGUUGGGAUUAUAGAAAGCAGUUGAUACUCCAAGAUUAAGGCUCCUCACUGUAAGUCAAAUCUUGAGAACAUGGCGGGAGGACAUUAGACAACCUACAAUCUAGUAAGUUCAUUCAUCAUCAUCAUCAUCAACCUCGAGAAGAAGCAUCUUUCUUUGGCCCGUUUCCUUUGUAAGGGACCAAAACCCUCACUGUAAAUCUUCUUGAGAACAACACACGUCUCAAGAAAGAUGCUUCUUGUCAAGAUUUGUUGUAAAAAGAAUAUCAGUGUACUCUGGUCUUCCUCGGUCCAUCUGAGUGCUGUUGUGGUCCUAACUCAAAAAAAAAAUGUGGACUGCGGUCCAUGGCGAGAAACGGGAAAACCCACUUGAACUUGAGCUUGAAGCUCCUUCCUCGGUCCAUCUCAUUAUUUGAAGCUCUAAUAAGAGAUACGAAGCAUAGCCGCUGACAUAGUGACGCUGCAAGAGGUAGAGCAAGACAUAUACUGGACAUGGUUAAAAGACGAGAUGGAGAAGGACGGAUACGAAGGACGCUAUCAAGGUAUUCACUAUAAAUACUUAGCUUGUACCAAGAUUCAAAGUACCAUAUGCCUAUGACUAUGAGGGAUCAUGCACAGAAUCGAAUUAAGUACCACAAGCGAGUUACUGACUGAAAUAAGGGAGGUAGCUUAACAUCAAGGCUACUCAUCUUCCUUCUCAUCAGUAUCUCCCUUAUUUUCAGUAGUUACUUGCUUAUUUCAGUUUUUCGAAUACUUAGUCUGUACCAAGAUUAACAAGUACCAUAUGCCUAUGACUAUGAGGGAUGCACAGGAGAAUAGAAUUAAGUACCACAACUCUCUAGAGGACAGGUUACCGUUUCUACCUAUACAUAGAAGCUACCAAUUACUACAACCGGGUAAUUUUUCCUCGACGUCGAUUUAGCCUCACCCCAACUACAUCAUGAUCGAUGGCAUUAAGGGUAAAAAUGUAAUGACGAAUUACGACCCGACUAUUCAGAGAUCAUCUUUAUUUCUCUAUGUCUAGUACUGCCGCACAUAAGACACCGCCAUGAUACUACAGAGAAAAAGCGAGAGCCAAUAUUUGUGCGGGGUCGCUAUUGCCUAGAGGGUUGCGCAACAUUUUGGAAGACCAAUCGGUUUAGCGAGAUUCAUACCGAAGUUUGUGACUUCGAUCUGGAAACACAGAACAACUUUCGGAACAUCUACGACACCGUCUCCAAUGUCCAGCGGCUGAGCAAGUUACGAAAAUAAUAGCAGCUAUUACUUUGUCAAUCAUGAUCAUGUCAAUGAAUGGGUCUGAUGUGCUUGUAGUUACCUCUACUUAAUGUUUUUAGAGUAAGAGCUAGAGCACUAGGUAAAAAGUUCGAUAGUGUGAGGUAUCAGCCGAGGAAACUUCAGGUUUGAUUUGAUAAGAAUAGAAUGUCGUCAAAUUCUUGAGGACUUUGUGAUCCUUGAGACAAUCCUUGCGACACAGACACUCCUCUAAUCAAGGGAAACAUCGCGCUGUUAGUGGUCCUGGAGGACAAGCGGAUGAAGACGCGGGAUCCCAGAUUGAGAGGACCGAACGGCGGAAAUAGGCUGGUCGUGUGCAACACGCAUAUCAUCGCAUCUGCUGACAGCACAGAUAUCAAAAUGCUACAAUCGACGAUACUCUUAGAGAGACUCAAGCACUUCCAGCACAUACCACAUCUCAUCUGCGGCGAUUUUAACUCAACGCCAGAUAGUGCGGUAUAUUUUUUAAUUAGGCUGCUCAACCCAGUACUAGAGUUGAUUCUUUUCUAUUGUGUGCAAUUGGGGAAGGAAACUCAUCACAAAUUUUCACGUUUUUCAUCAGGUCUACGAGCUCCUCUCACGAGGACAGGUCGAUUUGGAGCAUGCGGAUGUCAAGAAUAGCGACAAAUUUAAGCUUGUGGAAGCGCUAGCACGGAACAGGGGCCUCACGCACAACUUGAAGCUUCUCUCCGGGUACCAAGACCUAGUUGUAUGCUGAGUGGAGGUUAGUACUAAAAGACUGAACUACCUCAAUAAAUCCAUUAGACCAUAUGGAUAAGGAGGGCACAUGACAUGCCAUCACUUUGCUGCAAAUGUUUUUUUCUCGAUUUUCGCGAUUUGGAUUUUGGACGGUUUCAUGAUCGAAGACAUGUAGUUACUAGUUCGAGUGACAAGCAACUGUUGAUUUUGAUAAUUGAUAUUCAUCAUCUCUGAGUGACUCUGACUCACUACUCAUCUUCAGGUAUGAGUCGGUGGAGAAAAAGGAGCCGCUAUAUACAAAUUACACCGAGAAUUUCAAGGGAACACUAGACUAUGUGUGGUUUUCUGCGGAGACAUUGUCCUUGCUAGCUAUUUCCAAAGUGGACGACGAAGAGGCCCUGCUCGAGGAAGCAGCACUGCCAAGCAGCACGCGGCCUUCCGACCACAUCUCGCUCGUGGUAACGCUUUUGUACAGCACAGAGGAGCUAGGACGCAUAAAAGAGAUCAAACAGGGACAAAUCCAAAUGGUCGCGGAGAAUCGGAACAAAGUGAAAUUAAUGGCACGACCGAGUGGCACUCAUACGACGUUUAGCGGUGCCCCGCAACCUCCCUUGCAGCAUGCGCACUCCCACCACGGGAGUGCUUCCGGUAGUUCAUUGCGAGGACAGCACCAGCAUCCAGGCCACCUCCCAGGCGGCGGUCUCAGCUCCGCGAGUUCCUUGCCGUUGACGCACCAUCACAGCACGGGGUCGCUACACCAGCACGAGGGGCCGCCAGGAAGCAGCAACAGCGGGAGCAGCAGUGGUCUGAUGCAGGCGCACCUGGGAGGCAUCGGGCUUCAUCCAGGCGGCUCGCUCAGUGGCGGCGGAUCCGCACGCAGCUCUUCCAGUGGCGCUCACUUUCACCACCCACGUGGAGGAGAUGGGCCUGCGCAAAUGGGCCAGCAGCACCACCCUCAUCGCGGCUCACUAAGCAGCCAUCAGCUGCACAACAUGCAGCACGGUCCUCCCGGAGGACACGUCGUUGGUCCACCCGCAGGUGGGCCGACAGGCCAUCCCUCAUCCGCAAGGGGUCACUACCAACCCCACGUUUUACCAGGGGAACCACCCGGUGGAAAAAUGUCGGCUGCUGCGCCUCCAGGAAGUGCGGCUCGCGGCAUGCCACCAGGAGUCCGAGGAAAUCCAGGAGCCGUGGGUCCUAGCGGCGCGGGCGGCAUGCCUCCAGGAGUCCGAGGGAAUCCAGGAGUCCGAGGGAAUCCAGGAGCCGUGGGUCCUAGCGGCGCGGGCCAGCCGCCUGCGGGAAUGCACCAGCCCCCGCAUUCGCGCGGUGUUGGAGGGUCGUCUCAUAAUAUGCAGCAUCUUGGAGGACCCUCUACUUCUGGCGGUCCUGGUGGGUUACAACACGGUGCCCCGGGAAUGGAGCUUGGUGGAGCAGGUGCGGGUAGCAAUCGCUCGUCGAUAAUGAUGCGGACAUUAAGGCUAGCUACAAUAAAUAUUAAAUGCAUCUUCACAGUUGAGUUCACAGGGGGCAUCUUCCUUCGUUGUAGUCCUCCCUGUGUUUCUGAAGGGGUGGAAAAGAAAAAGGGUGCGCAGAUGCUCUUGCAGAUGGAUUUAUGAAAGAUCUAAGGACAUCCUCUGGCAGCAUAGGACCGCCUCCCGGAAGCGCUCCUGGACCUUCUGGCGGCAUAGGAGGUCCUCCCGGUGCCAAAGGCAGUCUCGCGGGUCCGCAUAGCGCUCCGCACAUGAUGCCAGGCGGAGGAGGACACCAGAGUUUGCAGAAUGGAGGCAAACAUCUGAACGCGAACGCGGUAGCGUUUGUGCCGGGACGUGGCUUCGAGGCCAGAGCAGGGGGUUUUGAUCCGGGGUCCUCUUCGUCCACGCCAGCUCCCAGAGAACGACCUUCGACCGCGUCAUCGAGCGGCGGCAACACGAAUACUCUUGUCUUAAACGGCGUGCUCAACAACACGAAGGGCAUGCCGCAUGCGCACUCCGGGAGCCCGCUGCAGCAGACGGGAGGCGGGAACAACAACAGCAGCGGAGGCGCUGGUGGAGGAGGUGGAAACAAUAGCUGCGCGACAAGCAUCAGCGGGACUACGUCUUCCACGCCAGUGCCUAUGCGGGGCCCCAGUGGCAGACGACUAGUACCGCCUGAUAGCAGUUCCUCAACUGGUAUGGGAGAUCCCCACGGCGGAGGCGGACCCAAUGCGACUUCAUCUGCCUCCUCUGUUAAGGCUCACAAAAAUUCAAAAAUUCAUCUUGAAGAGAAGCAUCUUUCACCCCUUUUCUAAGGGGAAAGAGCGACGAAGAUGCACUUGUUAAAGAUGAAUAUAUGAGUCAUAUAUGCGAGGUCUAACUCUAGAGGCCUCGCACGGCAGCCAUCAGGGUCCGUAGCUAGUACAUCAUCGUCGUCCAAACACUUAGGCUCUUCCUCAGCCCCCUCAGCGCCGAGCAACAUGUGGGACCAGCACCAUCACCCAAAUUUUAAGGCUGUACUUAUAAAUAUUUAUAUUAUACAUUUAUAUAUCAUAAUAUAUUAUAUAUUUAUACAUUUAUCUAUGCGUUCUUCACCUCGUGUAAGAUAAGAUUUUUCACUUUUUAAGGAUCACAAGACAUUUAUGCGUUCAUCUGAGAUACAUACUUCUAUCCUGACUUCUAGAAACAUCGAUCUGAGAUACUUCUAUCCUGACUUCUAGAAACAUCGAUCUGAGAUACUUCUAUCCUGACUUCUAGAAACAUCGAUCUGAGAUACUUCAAUCCUGACUUCUAGAAACAUCGAUCUGAGAUACUUCUAUCCUGACUUCUAGAAACAUCGAUCUGAGAUACUUCAAUCCUGACUAGAAAAUAGAUAAUUUCCCUUUGAAAGAAGAAGUACAGGAGCUACAGGGAAGUCAGUCAUAUUUUAUACUAACGAAUGAUCCUUCGAAUUCAACAAGUCUUGAACAAACUGAAACUACUGUAUGAAAGAUGGUGGAGAAAAUGAAAAAUCAUCAAUCGCCUACCAUCUCUAAGACCUCCAUGCCAGGUGCGCUUCAUUCCAUGCCAGGCUCACUAUUAAGGCUCAGCUUUCAUUGGUCGCCAUUUAGAUUGGAGUCACUGAGAUCGAAGAGGCGCCCCUUGGAAGAACAGGGGAAAACCAAGGGAAAACAAGGAGAGGGGUGUGGGGCCCUUUCCGUCCAGAGUCAGUGACCAAUGAAUGCUGACCUUUAAGACUACCGCCAGAAGCCCACUCCCAGGGGCCUUCCGGGUCUGCGUCUGCAGGAUCCCUGCCACAUCCACACCUCGCUGGAAAGAGUCAAGGCAUUGGAGAUCACUCACAUCCAGGGCUGAACGCGAACCUCCUGAACAACAGCAACCUCAACAACUACGGCUUCGCACCGGGUUCGAGGCCCGGGGGACCAGAACAGCAAAGAGGAAUGAUGCCGCAACCUGGCUUCAUGCUUGGAGGACUCGGCCCAGGCAGAGUAGCAAACAAUCGUGAGGUACUUUUGUCUAGAAGACUCAUUCGUAAAUGUAGUUGUUACUACACCACCCUUCUUUAUAAUUUUUUUGUUCGUGUAAGAAUCAGGGACUUCUACGGACAACCUCUUAUGCUGUAUGUUCGUGUAAGACGUCGCUGUUCUUUUAGAUCAGAUACAGAUUCAGAAUGCGAACGAGCAGAACUCGUUAUUUUUUUUCGCUCGUCCUCCUCUCGUUCGGUAUUUUAGUGAUAGUCGAACUAUAAUAGUCGUACAUUCAUCAACAUAGCGAAAAAUUUCGUCUUCUCAUCUCAGGGCCCAGCACCCGGAGGAUUGAUGCGGAAUGAUGUGAAGCCACAAAGCGUAGACCUGAUGGAAACGUUCUUGAGGCAAAACGGCGAGAAGCGGAAGAAUAAGAUGAUGAAGAACUCGAAAGAGAGCAACAAUUCGACCCAUUCUGUUAUGCUCCAGUUUAACCUUUUGCCUACUGGAAAUGGUAUUACUCGAAAACUCAAAAUAAGCGAGUUACUGACUGAAAUACGGGAGGUAGCUUAACAUCAAGGCUACUCAUCUUUCUUCUCAUCAGUAUCUCCCUUAUUUUGCUUAUUUCAGUGUUUCGAAUACAACAAUAGAAGUCGCCAGGGAAAUCUGAAGCAGAUUGCCGAGGAGGUUCGCGUUCGCGUCAUCAUUACACCAAUGAAUAGAUACCAUAACCAUGAAGAACUUGUGCAAAUAUUACAACGUAAACAAGUAGCUCGUCCUCGUUCUAGUAGUGCAAGAAACACCACACUAUCACUAGGAAAGGCUACCUGCGCACUCUAACUCUAACUCUAAAUCGAACGGCAAUGCGGGAGGAGGGAAAAUUUCGCGGAUGAGUAGUGCAUCCAAUUCCAAGCAAGGUGGGGCACCUGAGCAAUUUGGUGGAGCGUCACGUGGACCCGGCCCACCGGAUACGAGCCCACACGAGAACACUGCGCGCGGAGGGCAACACUCGAUGCUAUCCUCGAGGCCUCCCCAACAACAGUUUGGUGCAGCACCAGGAGGGGGGAAAGGUGGACCUCCUGGGGGAAUGAUGCUGAGUGGCAAUACUAAGGCUUCCCAUAAUGAUCCAUCUUCAGGAGAUCCAUCUUCUUCAUAAAGGGUUUAGCUUUAGUCUUCAAGGGCAAGGGGAACAGGACACACUUCUGCUGGAACUGUUUUGUCCCCCGCCCAUUAGGGUAGUAGAACUAAUCGGGACACCAUGACGUUGUUGAUGAUGAACAGGAUAUAAGGACGGUAGUUCCCAAGAUGGAUUACGGUGAGUUCUAAUAAUGGUGCUGGUCCAGCAGGUGGUAGUGGCCAGAUAGUUGUUCCGCGGGCCAUUGGUGGGACCGCAACAGGCACAGGGCCCCCACCGUGGCCGCCAGACUCGGUGGGUCGCUCGCCGGAUGGCGGUCCGCUCUCGGCGCGUACCACCGAUCGACGUCCCAUGAUCCUGCAGCGUGGAGGGGCACUAGGAUUAAGGCUCGUUACACUGAUUCUCAUUUGUAGUCCACCAUCCAGUGGUCAGCAUUUUCUUCCGUCUUAAACAUCUUCCUACUAGGUUUGUGAAAGUCCCCUCUUCACACAAAGUCAACAUUUUCACACAAAGAGAGUAGUUUUGCGCUCUAAUAGGAGCGGCAGGCGGGCCUCCGGGAACGGGAGGAGCUCCGGGACCUAACGCAUCGCAAAUGCAUAAAGGCAGUGGACCCCCGCUCGCAAUGGACAGUGGCCAUAGUGGUCGUCCGGGAGAUCCACAAGGGAAUGGUAUUUGUUUACAGUUCAGAUAUGUCUUUUGGAAGGAAUUUAUAAGCACGACUACUACAACAAGAACAUUUGCAUUUCAUAUCCUGAAUACCCUGAAUACAACACGUUGUUGAACAACGACUAGAAAAAUUUAGGAGCCUCAAUGAUACAUCGAUCAGGCUCAUCUAAUCCGGGAGGACGCGGAGGUCCGACCUAUGCCACGCCAAAUAAUCAAUUGCUCAGUCUCGUGUCGCAGCAACAACAACUUCUAGCUCAACGGCGAUGACAACGAACUUGAGUCUGCUUGAUUUUUUCAUAGUGAAAUAAUACUAGAAUACAAAUACCUCCUUCCUGGAGAAGGUCCUCCUUGUCCUCUCGUUUUUUCUAUCCUACGAAAAGUAUCCUAGAUGGCGUGUAACGAGUUGUAUGGAGUGGGUAAGAAAAGUGCACGGAAUUAUGACGGGGCUUCAUAGUAUUAUGUAUGAUUUAAUAUACCAUGUGAAGAUAGAUUGUCUUUGUCUCUUGAACUUGUUCUCUGUGUCGAUUGCUUCUCACUUUUUCUUGAUCUAAGAUGUUUAUAGCUGGACCACUGGUAGCAGAAUUACGGCUACCUUGAACGUUCACCUUCGCUUGUAACUACAACAUGAUCUUCAAUCAUUUUUUCAUCGUUAUUCCACAGAGUAAAACUAUGUAAUUUUUAUAUCUCUCUUUCUCAUCUCAUAUUAUCACAGGUUGGUUUUGGUCGUUGUUCUCUCAAAAUUUUUUCUUAAAAAGCAGUUUUAGUUUUUCCUUGAAAUCGUUUGUUAUUGUUGAAAUUGAAAACUUGGAUGUUGCGAUUCACUUUGUACUAGAUUCACUUUCUACUAGAUUGAACUACAACAAUCAACAUGUUGAACGAAAGUCGUGAAGUCGAAAGUCAAGCUGAUCCCUUCUUAAGCAUUUUAUUGAAGAAUUCUGAUAGAACUAUGAGUGAUCGUGAUAGAAGAUCAAGCUACUUAAGAAGCAGCCAAGGAGUAGCGCUCAUGUGAGCACCGAAAUCGAUACUUUCUAGCAUGCUAAUUGCCCGUUGUCAUCGGUCGAAGUAAACUACAUUUUAAAUCUACUACCUAAAAAGGUAAUAUCAAUCAUCUACUUCCUUGUGGAGGUUGUAGAAGAUGUAAAUUUGAAGGCUUCGCCUAAUCCAUCUUCGGAAGCGCCUUGAAGCUGUUUCAUAAGGGGAAAGGAGCUGCAAGAUGCGUCCCAAGAUGGAUAAGGGUGAGGUCUAAAAAUUGUCCGCCAUGAUCAAGGUCAGUCGAAGCGGCCACACUGUCCUCACUAAUGUUAAUGCUAUGUAAGAAAUGAUUUCCUCGACGUUUUUUAUCGCAUCCUUCUUGAUGUUGUAGCUUUCUCUGAAAUUCAAUCAAUUUGAUGUUGCUUGUAUUUCCUGGUAGUUCGACGUUUAUUCUGACAAGAACAACGACUUGUUCCUAUGUUAGUCAGUAAGCAGAUUGUACUUAUCUACUUGUGUUGUUGCCACAACUACUUUGAAUCAUCACCAUCAACUUACUCGUUGUCUUCUAUCUCAGCCACGUGACUUAGGGCAGACCUUCUAGGACUAGAUCAUAUUGCUCCUGCUUGUAUGAGUUUGUCGGAUGACCUUUUUCUAUUCAUCUUUCAUUCCUUGUUUUCUUAAUAUUGCGAUGUGGUAGCAGGAUGCUUGUAUUAUUUUCAGAGAAAUGAGAUUGAUAAAUGUAGCAGGUUCGUUCGUUCAUUCAUCACAAUAUAGCUGCAGUAUUCGUUUCAUCCUCAUGGACGAUCAUGCUUCAGGCAACCAUAGUUGCGCUCCGACACAGCCAGCACGCGGCAGAACUAUCCUUUUACAGUUACUACGAGUCACGAACAACACCUCUAUGAUCCGUUGAUCAUUGAUCGUUCAUCAAGAGCAGGAGGCUAUUUACGCACAUGUUGAUAUUCUGGUAGUAUUCUUUGUGUUCAACAUUAAGGAAGAACAACAAUAUGAUUGCAUCAGGCAACUGAACAAGGUGUCCUUGAGGGUUUUCUCCACACGCUAAAGUGUGUGUGCGAGAUGAAUAGUUGUGAAUCUAUUUGGACAAAGACUUUGCAGCAAAGGCUCUGGAUGAAGCAC